GGUUUCUCUGCAUAGCUUUGGACCCUGUCCUGAAUCUUGCUCUGUAGACCAGGCUAGCCUCCAACUCACAGAGAUCCGCCUGGCUCUGCUGGGAUUAAAGGCGUACAUCACCACUGCUCGGCCUAUAGCUGUCCACUUUAUUUGCUGAACCCAGAGUCUGCCAAUUCCAGCUAGUCUGGCUGGCUUGCUCUGGGAACCCCAUCCCUGACUCCACGGUGCUGGGAUUACAGAUCUUUCCAGAACAGCAGUUGCAGUAGCUAUGGCUCCAUCCUGGGUGCCCGCUGUGGGCCUCACUCUGGCACCCAGCCUCGGGGGCUUCAUGGGCUCCUACUUUGUGCGUGGUGAGGGCCUCCGCUGGUAUGCUAGCCUGCAGAAACCCUCCUGGCAUCCACCUCGCUGGACACUGGGUCCCAUCUGGGGCACGCUGUAUUCAGCCAUGGGGUAUGGCUCCUACAUGGUCUGGAAGGAGCUGGGAGGUUUCACAGAGGAAGCCGUGGUCCCCUUGGGUCUCUACACUGGCCAGCUGGCUCUGAACUGGGCAUGGACCCCCAUCUUCUUUGGUGCCCGGCAGAUGGGCUGGGCCUUGGCAGACCUUGUGCUUGUCAGCGGGGUUGCAACCGCUACCACCCUCGCCUGGCACCGAGUGAGCCCGCCAGCUGCCCGCCUGCUUUACCCCUACCUGGCCUGGCUGGCCUUUGCCACCGUGCUCAACUACUAUGUCUGGCGUGAUAACCCUGGCCGGGGAGGUGGCCCACGGUUCCCAGAGUGAGUGCACCUUUACCCAUGAGGACCAUAGCACUGCCGGCCAGGUACCAUGGAUGGUAGCCCAUCAUGCUUUUAUGACCACUGGGCCCGCCUGGUCUACCUGGGUCUUGCUUGGCCCAGGGAGCCACCAGGUGGGUCAAGGUGGUCAGUGCCAAGUCCCAUCCAGGGACAGUUGUACCUGCCUUUCUGCACUGCUCCAGGCAUGCCCUAGGAACAUGGGGCUUUUAAAGCUAAAUAAAGUCUUUAACUUCA